CUGAGUACUACUCUCGAUUUCCCUAAACCACACAGGAGAGACGAACUGGAUAUUUGUAGACCAACCGAAUGUAAACUGUGGUGGUGAUAUUGUCGUUUUCACUUGCUGAUUGUGAAUCACUUUGCCUGUAUAAUACUGUGGCAAGCAACCCGGUUAUUUACAUUGAUGUCACUGAAAUGAUCAGAAGGUGUGAGGAAUGGGUAGAUAGAUUGCUGGAUUUUAAGGCGAUUUGUUAAUUUACCGAUAGAGUUAAUGAGGUCAUAUAAUUUUUGGUUAGAAUGAAUAAAAUUUGGGAGAGAAAGUACCGGAACAUUGAAAUAGAGAAUAGAACUCAUGGAGUUAACAAUUAUUAGAUGAUUAUGUAAUCAAGCAACUGAAAAUAGAUCAACGGUAAUAAAGAAAGAUAUGAAUUGGAAUCAGUCGGUUAUGAAUGAUGUAAUACUAAACUUCGGAAAGAGUUGGAAUAACGAAUGACGUAGUAAGUGAAAACAGAAAAAAACAAUGAAAAAGUGGGCUUUAAUGUUACCGUGACAAAGAAAGAUCUAUGAAUGUCUCUUUUUGUCACAAUUAUUUAAACAGCUUUUCGUUGUUGUUUUUGAGAGUAUCAAUGUUAAUAGUUGAUUUCACCAUGGUGCCUUCCUAUACUUCCCAAAAUAUUUUUUUUUCUAUUGCUGUAAAAUGAUUAAGCUGGUAUAAGUCAUUGGUCGUACUUUUUUCUGCAAAACAUUUGUCAGGACAUUUUAGCUAAGCUAAUGUAUUUGAUGAAAGAUUUUAGUAACCAGCUAGAAAAUUACUAUUCAGUUGCGUGUGUUCGUUUUACAUAUAAUUAGAAUUUCGAUGAAGGUGUGUAACAAAACUGACGAUAGGUGCAUAUUCUAUUGUAACUAAGUAUAAUCAGAUAACGGACUAUACUGAGAAGUCGUGAAUGGAGGACAUCCUACAGAUGUAUUUCAAGUGAAGUCCGGUGUCAGACAAGGCUGUUUACAUUCAACCUUUCUCUUUCUUCUCAUGGUCGGACGGAAUGUUAAAAGCUUCACAUUUCGAAAGAAGCAUGGAAUACGAAGGACAAUUUGGAUAUCAAUAGACGGUUUGUGCUUAGCAGAUGGCCCAGCUUUUCUAUCCCAUACACAUCAACAAAUACUGGUCAAGACAGCCAAUGUAUCAGCAGCCACUGCAUCAGGCGGUCUCAACAUACACAUGAUACAAAUUAAGAAACACUGCUAUAAUAACUAGAAUAUACACUUUAUAAUAACACUAUUAUAGAAGACGUGAACUUCCUUGUCUCCUUCUCCAGCAUCGACUGGCCUCAUGCAUUCUCCUGUUUCAAAAUGGCAAAACACAAAACAAUCAAUGAGCACUAUAAACACGGAAUCAAGUCUCCGAUUAAACGAACUAGAUGACACAGGCACGUGCAUCGGGCAAAGAGAGAUGUCACUAGUGAGUGAUACGCUCACAAAUCAUGGUUUCUGCCUGCUUUCAGAUAUGCGUUCCGAAACCUUGGUAAGGCAAAUCACAACCUUCAAUGAUGGAAGAACAAAUGUGCUCUCACGGACCAAACAUAUACUUCGACAUAUGGAAUGGCGUUCUGUUUGUCAUAACCAGAGUUCGUUCGGAACUUCCAUCGAUAUCAGUCGACGGACCCUUGGAAGAUUGCACACCAUGUUUUUCGAAUUUCGAUGGACAUACGAACAGUUCGACCGCAAUCACAACACAAUUACGGUGAAAACAUUGACAUUAAGAGUAAACAACUACACUUACGAUGGAGUUUAUCGGCGAACACAAUCUCACACGAGACGACCAAUGCAAGUAGGAGUGGAACCUUGAUGCUCAUUUUCCAGUGACUAUUUCGUGUUCGUGUGGUUUGUUUUAGGACUCCACUCUGAGCUAUUUAUACUCACAAACCUGUGAGUUAGCCAGUUGUUUUUGGUUGACACCCAGUCGCAACUGCUCAAAGAAACGGAUCGGUAAGUGUCAUGCAAUCGAUUCCUAGGAUUAGUAAUUCUGUUUGAGUGAUUCACAUGAAUCAGGUCAACACACUUCACAAAGUUCUAUUCAAGUCAAUCGAGAUUAAGGUUGUUGUGUGUUGCGAACUCGCUCUGCUGUGUCCUCAUCAAAAUUGUUAUUGUGAUAUGAAGAUCGUGGCCUGGUGUGGCAAGGUGAAACUAGUUCGCAGUGAGGAUUAUUCAAGAAUCGAUAGGCUUUACUGUCAGUUGAUCAGGUCACAUACAGUAAAAUAAUGAACGGUUUUGUUGAACAGCGAAGCGUGUGAUGGUUGUUAUGUAGGUGACGAUGACUGUGUAUUUCGAGGUACUCGUUUGAGUAUUAUGAAGCAUACGUCGAAGUGUUCAGAGUCUAAUUCACAUAUAAAAAUGAAUGCUUGCGACUCGUGUGCACAGAACUUCAACCGGAUUGCCGGCCCUCUCAAACAUGUGUGAUCAAUUAUCGGCAUAAUCGGUUAUGGACUGCAAACAAGUUGGUUCAGCCCAACGAAAUUCGUGAUAGAUUCCACCAAACUCUUGUACUAUUAUCUGACCGAUAAACGUAAGUAUUUGUGAGCGUUUGACUGUGAUUAGCAGGUAGGAUAACUAGUGCUCAGUUUGGGUGCUGAAUGUUACGUUCAAGUCUGCACAACCAAACUCAUAAACCAAAUAGCUUCACGAUUUCAUUAGAUACAGAACUAAUUGUCCAAUAUGAUCAGAUAUAUUUAUUAAGGCUCACAUGGAGUAAAAGUCACUUGAACGCCAGUCAUUUCACAAUCCAACAAUCAGUAGAUUUCAAAAAUAGGUGGUACGAAGUAGUUGUGAAAAUGCUUGGAUAUUUGAGGAAGACUAGUUGAGGAACACGGUUGACUAGGGUGAUUUGUGAUAGUGUCAAGGAGAACAUGGUCAGUUGAUGUUAUAAACGAAGAGGAAAGCUGCAAAUGUAUUUCAGUCGAAACACUGUACAUCAACGCGACAGCUUUCGAACAACUCUCACCCGUUGAAUAUAAUUGCAGUACUAUGAUGAAAAUUAUUAUUAUUUUGUUCGACAUGUUAAUGAAAGACCACGUACGUUAGUCACAAGAGUGUAUCGAUUAUUCAUGAAACAGAAAGCUAGCCUGGAUUUGUCAAACAUUUUAAACGAACUUGGAAAUGUAGUCUCAUUGAGGGUGUCCAUGAGACGAAACAAAUGGUUUCGCAGCAUUGUAGUUGAAGAGUGAAGAAACUAAAGACACGAAGCAGAAACAAUGAGGUUCAAGGUCAAGACUGCUUACCCAGUUGAGUUUACGCCACAUGUAUGCUACGGGAUUUAAUUUGAAAACUGAUGUAUUAACUUAUACCAAGUAGAGUAAUGUCGAAUUUGUGGUUGAUUCAUUUGAUUUCAACACUUUGAUUUUCAAUUUAAAGCUCGAUAAUCAAGCAACAAUUGUUUGUAUUUAUUGUUUGCAUGGAGAUUUUGAUAGACAUUUAGCCAACCGUGUUGCGCACAUCCUCAAGGAAUUACCACAUUUUGUAGAGUUUGUGGUGAAGUUCCUGCUUCUACUUUUGUCCGUCGUUGCAUUGACUUCCAGAGUAAUGAUGAUUCAAACAAACAGAAGCAAAAUCUUUGCCUCAUUGCUCAGUGGUACUGUUUAGCAUCAGGGCGAUGUUAUUCGGGUUCCAUUCUGAUUUUUGAGUUUUAUUAAUUAUGUAAGUAUUUCUAUUGUUGAGUAAAAUCGAUCAUAACAAAUAUUUGCCUCAAUUGAAUACUGGGAAAUAUUUAUAUAAAAUAUCAAGAACUACGAUACAUAAGAUUGAAUUUCCAGAGGAUAAUGACCUUUAACUCCAUAUGAAAUAUGACAACAAUUUCUUUUUCUAGACAUAAUUUAGGAAUUGAGCGCUUGAUAAUUGUAGUUCCAUUAGAUUCCAGAUAACUAUAUCUUUGUCACUUUUUAAUCAGUCUGAAUGAUGUUAUAGAUUUUUAUGUUAGUUCAUAUACUGAUGAAAUGUCUAGAAAUAUAUUAGUUGUCGUCAUAUUUCGCUACUAAAAUAUAUUGCUCUCGGAAUAUAAAUAACCACCCAUAGUCAUGGUUUAUACCUUCCUUAUAUUUUAUUUACUUAACAUUUGCAGACCAAAGUAUAUAACUAACUGACUUCAAUCUGAAACAUAUUUAUGUCAUAUUUUGUUAUCAAUUAAAAUCUACUGAAAAUCAUAGUACACUAAACAGAUACCUCAUUCUGAUUCCAACUCUAUUAUUCUAUUUAUUUUUAUGUAAUCAGGGUUUAUCUCCAAGUAAUCCUUUUAUUUAAGGGAGAAGAAUUUUUCUAUCUAUCACAAUUAGAAAUCUUUUGUGUUUUUUUUUUGCAUGUCAAAAUAUGUUAUGUAAUUCAUAUUGUCACCUGGGGAAAUAAAAGAAGGUCAUGACCGGGAUUUAAACAAAAUAUUUAAAUAACCAAGUUACUGAUUGUUUAUUCAUGUUUCUUUAUAUGAAUCUAAUAAGUCUUGUUAAUUUGAAUGCUUUAUUCAGCUCCUAAUCUAUUCUGGUAACCCGCAAGCUAGAACUACGCAGCGACCUGAACUCGAGAGAAAAGGCUCAAAAGAAGCGAAAAACACUUUACUCCAAAGGUUCAUUUUUGUACAGAAAAACACGGGUAUUUAUAGAUGUUAACAUUUGUUAAAUUAACAUCAUAUUUUGGCCAAUCCGCUAGAAGACAUAUUAUGUUACUGACCAAUAUUAGCACUCCACGUUGAUAUUCUAGAAAGCCCCACCAUGCCCUGAUUAGCUAGGACUCUUCAACUCCUUUAGGGCCUCUGGAGGCUCCGUUGCAGUUCUCGGUAAGCCGACUCAACAGAAUCUAAAAGAAAUAACGAAAUAAAAGACUAACAAAAUAAGACCAUUAGACGUCAUUAGUGAAAUCUCAGAAUGGUCAUCAAUAUUUAUAUGAAUAUAAAUAACACUGUCUAUCGAAAUUAUCAUACUAGUUAGCUAAAAUUGAUUUAGAAUAGGAUUUCUAUCAGUGUAGAUAUUUUUUAAAGAUUGAUAAAUUCGACGAGUUGAGAAUCUAUGACAAGCCAAAGAAACUCUGACAGCUGUCUCAUUCCAAGUUAUAGCUUCUCGAGCUUAUAUGUUUGAAUCUUGCUCGUACUGGUUAUUAAUAUUCGGAGGGCAAUAUAUUUUAGUAGCGAAAUAUGACGACAACUAAUAUAUUUCUCGACAUUUCAUCAGUAUAUGAACUAACAUAAAAAUCUAUAACAUCAUUCAGACUGAUUAAAAAGUGACAAAGAUAUAGUUAUCUGGAAUCUAAUGGAACUACAAUUAUCAAGCGCUCAAUUCCUAAAUUAUGUCUAGAAAAAGAAAUUGUUGUCAUAUUUCAUAUGGAGUUAAAGGUCAUUAUCCUCUGGAAAUUCAAUCUUAUGUAUCGUAGUUCUUGAUAUUUUAUAUAAAUAUUUCCCAGUAUUCAAUUGAGGCAAAUAUUUGUUAUGAUCGAUUUUACUACUCAACGAUAAAUGAAUCGAGAGAAUUUCUUAACUAUUUCAUCUUAUUUACAAUUGAUUGAUCACUAUAUGGUGACCAAUGUCAUGUGUGUCAGUUCUUUCUUAAUCCAGUUGGAAUUCUAUCGAUCAUUUUGGUUCCUAGUCUGGGUGACUUGAAAUCGCAUACAUUAUUUUACGAUGUAACAUAUUGGUAGAAGGUGUUAAGAAGGACCUAUCACACAUGACAUUAUUCACUAUAUAGUGAUAAAUCAAUUUUAAAUACAUCCCAGUCCUGAAGAUGGUCAGUCGCUGCCUUGAUAGCUUAACAGUAACAUCUCUAACUAUGAAGCUCGGUAACACGUGAUCGAGUCCGUUAGGGAGCAUCAUUUCCCUUAAGAAUACAGGUUCACUUUGUUGACAAGUGCUAAAUAGCAGGCUUUUCUGUCAAUCACCUUCAACCACCACCCUAGAUUUCGUCUAAUUUACCAACGAGUUUUUGUGCAAAUAUUCUGAGCAUAAAUAUUUGAUGAAUCAGUAAUUUAUACUUAUAUAUAGAGAAUUUAUAAACGUGUUUGUUUUUAUCCGUUCUAAUUUUCUUCCAGGAAAAUGAGAUAAGGGUCAUUAAAACAAAAGCUUCAUUGAGUUAUACCAUAAAAUUCAUUAAAUAACAUACUACCAAAACCGGUUAACUAAUUGUGAUUUCAUUGAAAAGUCAAUCAAAUGAGUGUGAUUAUCAUUUGAUAUAAACAACUUUACACAACUUGAAUGUCAAGUACUAAUUAUCAUUGUUUUGUUUUUCACAUGUGAUAAGUAUUCCUUGAAUUAUUUCACCCAACAGAUCCUUCAUAAACAAAAAUGAUCUUAAGAAAUCAUUCAUUGAAUGAAGAUGAAUAAACAUUUCUACUAAAAGUAGUUUUCAAAAUUGUUUAAUUAUAAUGUUUUCGUGUAAUGAAUGAUAUUUAGAAUAUAAUGUACAUAUUUGUAUACAAACUCAAUCAUCUUCCUUCGAUGUAUAUUCAUUCAUAUCAUUUAUUCAGUAUAAUAACUUCAAUCAAGGUAUCGUACUUUAGUCGUUACUAAAGUAAACACAUUAAUUUCAGUAUUGUGUCAUAGCGUAUUUUAUUGUAGUGUCGGUUAUUAUGUUAAGCCCAUAUAACUUAUUCUAGCUUUCGGACAGACCAUUUCAUUCAUUCUAUUUGAGUCACAUUUUGACUUUGUUAAUUAUUCGCUUAUCAGUCUUGACUGUUUUUAUAUGAGCGUGUAUGCGCGUACACUUCAUAUCCCAUUACUCAUCACAUGUCUGUACCUUACUUUUUGUAACUUAAAUUAUUGAUUAACGCUUGGUUAAAGGGGAGUUGGUUUAUCCGCCAUCUCCACUGCGCGUCGUUUUGCUUCGUUCUAUUCCAUUCACUUUACAUACAAAAUAUAUGUAUUCAAAAAUUCAUUCUCGUUAUUUGACUUAAUAAAUUCCGUUACUGACUAACAUGAUUUAAGUCGAUGAUCAUAUACGAAGAUAGGCGAU